CUACCUGAUCCAAACAAGAGCAGUAAUAUAGAAGUUUUUUAAAGGUAUUAUGGUAAUAAAAGCAUUGAAGCUGAGGAUGUCCUUUGCAUUUGCAGCAUUGCUUCUUCAUCUCUUUCCAUUGAUCAGCUGCGUCGUUGAUCGGACCCAAUUUCCUCAAGAUUUCCUCUUUGGAACUUCAACUUCAUCUUAUCAGAUUGAAGGAGCCUACUUAGAAGGUAACAAAAGUCUUAACAAUUGGGAUGUUUUCACUCACACACCAGGAAAAAUCAACGAUGGAAGCAAUGCAGAUGUUGCUGAUGACCAUUACCAUCGCUAUAUGGAAGACGUUGAGUUGAUGCAUUCCCUUGGAGUGAAUUCCUACAGAUUUUCCAUUUCCUGGUCUAGAAUCCUCCCAAGAGGAAGAUUUGGUGAGAUUAAUAUGGUAGGAAUUGAAUUUUACAACAACCUAAUUGAUGCUCUCUUGCUCAAAGGGAUCCAACCAUUCGUUACACUAAACCAUUACGAUGUUCCUCAAGAACUUGAAGACCGAUACGGGGCAUGGUUAAAUUGUAAAAUACAAGAGGAUUACGGAUAUUUCGCUGAAGUAUGCUUCAAGUAUUUUGGGGAUAGAGUAAAAUACUGGACCACCUUCAAUGAGCCAAACCCCUUAGUGAAAUUUGGUUACCUCACUGGCACAUACCCUCCUGGCCGUUGUUCCAAACCGUUUGGCAAUUGCACAGCAGGCGACUCUGCAAUAGAGCCAUACAUUGCAGGUCAUAAUGUCAUAUUGUGCCAUGCCACUGCGACUGAUAUUUACAGGAGAAAAUAUCAGGCCAAACAAGGAGGUUUUAUUGGGCUCGUGUCGUGGGCCUACUGGUAUGAACCUCUUAGAGAUACUCCAGCAGAUCAUUCGGCAGCUCAGCGGGCCCUUGCUUUCGCCAAUGGCUGGUUUUUGGAUCCUAUAAUGCACGGAGAUUAUCCACCUGAAAUGCGCCAGAUAUUGGGAUCAAGAUUGCCAGCAUUUUCAUUGAAUGAUCGAAGAAAAUUACAAAAUAAAUUGGAUUUUAUUGGAAUUAAUCAUUAUUCAACUCUCUAUGUGCAAGACUGCAUGUUUUUUCCAUGCAACACAGAUCAGGAAGGAGAAACAUACUCAGUACUCACUGGAGUAAAAGAUGGUCAACCAAUUGGACCGCCGACUCCAAUGCCAACUUUUUACGUGGUACCAUCGGGUUUGGAAAAGAUGGUAAUGUACAUGAAGGAAAGAUACAACAAUACGCCCAUGUACAUCACAGAAAAUGGAUAUGCACAAGAUGGUAAAAAUGGCGCUUCUAAGAAAGAGCUGCUCAAUGACAUGGUGAGAGUCGACUACCUACGUAGCUAUCUGACUUCCCUUGCUUCAGCCAUCAGGAAAGGAGCUGAUGUGAGAGGCUACUUCAUAUGGUCUCUAAUUGACAAUUUUGAAUGGUUGAAUGGGUAUACGCUACGAUUUGGGCUUUAUCAUGUGGACUACAAUACAUUGGAGAGAACUCCAAAACUAUCCGCCCAAUGGUACAAACAAUUCCUCAGCAGCCCCAAGAUGCUAAAACAGAUUGGUGGUGGUGCUCGGAGAUCAUGGCGUGUACCGUCCUAGUCUCUAUGCAAAUGUCUACGGUGUAUAUACUAAAACAGAUUGGUGGUGGUGAUUGGUGAUCAUGGCGUGUACCAUCCUAGUCUCUAUGCAAAUGUCUACGAAGUAUAUACGAUAUUUUAUUUAUUUUGUGUAAAAUAAUAUUUUGGUAUUGCUUCAACUGAUUAGUACAUGGUAGUCUACCAUAUUAUGUUGUAUUUAGUGGAUAAGUGUAUGCUCUAUAAUGUAUGCAAUUCAUCUCUAUGUAGGCGUGUCACGUGACAUGCCUAAAGGGAUGUAAUAGAAUUACUUUG